UAAAAGCCCAUUAUCAGCAUCGAGCCCAUAUGUGAAGCCGACUAUUAUUGCCAUUUACUUCUUCUUAUUCGCCUCUCCAUAUUUCGUCCCUCAUCACCUGAAACCCUAGAUUCCGCUGGAAAAGAAUUUCCUUCUAAAACAAAUCUUUGAUAAAGAUUUGUGAAGAUUUAGCUUCUGUGUUCCUAUUCUCCGAUCUGAUCUAGAUUACUUCAGUUGGGAGAGUCUUGCAACAUUUUUGUUGUCUAUGGCAUCUCUGGAUAUGGCUUUGGAUGAUGUGAUUAAGAAGAGCCGGAGAAAUAAUGAAAAACCAGGCCAAGGCAGGCUCCGUCGUGGAAGAGGGCCAAUAGGGUCAUCCAGAGCUGGACGACCAUUUGGUGGAUUUGGGCCUCCUCGCAGAAAUCCACUUGGAGUAAAUGCUCGAUCGUCAUCCUUUGCAACUGCCAAGGCAAGCUCAAAAUUGUGGAUGCCUUAUGAAAUACAUAGACAAUCUGAUAUGCUGUAAUAAUUCACAAGAAGGUUUAUAAGCAUGAAUUUGAGAGGUUUUGCCACAGUAUUUGGCCCUGGGAGAUGGCCACAGUUCCUCAGCAAGGAAAUACUGCUGUUAUAUUCCAGAAAAAUGCUCUAAGCACCUGAUUGUUCAUCUGAUCUUCUCGGUUUUUGUUGAGGAUUCUGCGAUUAACAUAUGUCAAAAGCAGGAUAUUUGGUGGAAUUUUGCUUAGAAUCUUAUGUCGAGGAGCUUGUUUGAAAACCUAAGAACUUUCACCAAUUUAAUACCCACUAAUAUUUUAAGGCUUGACCUUGUUAGCAGCCUUUAUUGAUAAAUAUUUAAUCAAGAUCUCUCUAGUGGACCACAAUCAAAUAUAAGAGGGGGAGUUUAUGAUGGAUCUCAAUUGUCUUGUGGUGGCUACCAUUGUAAUACUCUUGUAUCACGUUGAGACAAGUUGUCGGUCAUAUUUCAGUUCAAGGCGUCCUGCAGAGGUGAAUUCCUAUGUUGAACUUGAGAACUGGUCUAUGACCUUGCACAUGGAACUAGCUAGCAUUAUGUGGCGGAAAAUCUGAUUACUGAGUAGAUUAAAUAUGUACCUCGGAUUUCGAUUGUUUGAGAUUUACCAUCUGAUUUCUUCCUGGAACUUUGCUGAUGCCCUACUUUAACUUGAAAGAGCAGUAAAAUAUUAUUUUCUGGUCAUAUGCUGACAUCAGUUUAUACGAUCUCGUUCUUUGUUUUGGUUUGUUUGCAUCAGUCCAUCCGCAGACCCAGGCCUCUACCGUGGCAUACUGGUUUGUUUGAAGAUAGUCUUAAAUCUGCUGGUAUAUCGGGGUUGGAAGCUGGUACAAAGCUAUAUAUUUCCAACUUGGACUUUGGGGUGACCAAUGAAGAUAUAAGGGAGCUGUUUUCGGAAAUUGGAGAGUUGGUUCGAUAUGCAAUUCACUUCGACAAAGAUGGGCGUCCAAGUGGUACAGCAGAGGUGGUUUUUGCUAGAAAAACAGACGCACUUCAAGCAUUUAAGCGAUAUAACAAUGUUCAGCUGGAUGGAAGGCCUAUGAAGAUAGACAUAAUAGGUGCCAAUGCGGAGAUCCCCAUUUCACCUCGUUUUAAUGUUAGCGGACCAAAUGGAAAGAAGAGGACAGUUGUCAUGACUCCUGGACCUGGCCGUUCUAGAGGUGGCUUUGCAGCGGCUAAUCACAAUUCUGUGCAAAGAAAUCGUGGUGGCCCAAGCAAUGUCCAAAGUGGUGGCAGCAGCCGUAGAGGUGGCGGCAGACGUGGCCGUGGUGCAAGGAGAAAGAGAACUGUUAAAAAAUCGGCUGAUGAACUUGACAAGGAGCUCGAGAGCUAUCAUGCUGAUGCCAUGCAGUCUUAAUGGGUUUGCGCUUUAAAAGUUGAGUUCUGUUGAGAAUCUGUGUACAAAGUCUUGUGGGAUGCUAACUGCUGUUAUCGUUUGGUUUGUGCUUUUUGUGACUGAUGGGCGUGUUUAUUUGGUUUUUCGACUGCAAUUGUAGACUUUCAGUGCAUCAUGGGUAGAUGGAUUAUGUGAUGAUCAUAUUAUGGUGCAGUUCCGUUUGAUCUAUUCUCUUGGCCACUUUCUACCUUGCUCAGUCAUAUUCCCAUAUUGUUGAUAGGGAACUGGCUAUGCUUUCCUUUGAAUUUUUUUCUUGUUUGUCUAUUGAGACUUGUGUCAGGUGCUGGGCUUCAUCUAAAUUUAGAUAUGGCAUAGUUUAUCAUUGAACUUGUCAAUGGAGAUAGAUAUAUGAAUAAUAGCAGGGACAAAGGAUACUAGGAUAGUAUUC